AUGUCCUAUCUCGAAACCAUCGCUGCUGCUACUUCGAUACCCCUGGAAACGUUGUCUGUUGCGGCGACCACGGUACCAAAAUCAGUUCCUGUCUUGAGUAAUAUUUUUAAAAUUUCGACGGAUAUUCGCGAGACGACGGAACGAGUAGAAACGAACAAAACACAAUGUAUGCAAUUAAGUGAACGUAUCGAUACAUUGAUUGGAUUUUUAGCGCAACGCGAUCUGUCGGAACGUUUAAAUGAAGCACUGCAUAUCGCACUUCAUCGCUUUGAAACAUUUUUGCAACGCUGUUUAGAAUUUAUCAGUACGUUCUUAGAAACAUCUUGGCUGAAACGUGUUGUGAACAAUAAAGAUUAUGAGCGGAAAUUUCAAGACUUAAAUCGGGAAUUAACCCAAUAUUCUAAUGAUCUUAAUUUCGGUAUCGGAUUAAGUAACAUGAAAAUCAAGAAGAUUCAUCAAGACGACGAAGAACAAGAAGUUCAGACAAAGGAUAUUGUUCAAGACAAAACUAAGAAAAACAAUAACGAACAAAUCAGCAUUGAUGAUAAUUUACAAAUAAAAAUAAACAUGAAAGAACCUUCGAUGGCCAUACGAAGUCUUCCUAUAAGAACUACACCGGAGCCUGUUGUGGAUGUUCCGCCAAUACAGAAUUUAAUUUUUGAAUCUGGCCUGUGGAACUAUGGAUACAAACAAUUCAAUCAAUUCUUUGGUCCGUUUCGACAGCAAGUCACUUUUAAUCGUCAAACAAAAACAGUACACGGUUACGGAAGAGACAAUGUCGGGCAGUAUAUACUAAACGGAACAUUUUCAGAAAGAACUGGACAAAUCAGAAUGACGCAAACAUAUCAGUUGGGUACGGGAGAUCCGAAACUUAAUCUUGGACAUCAAGAUCUUCUGCAAUUUAAUUUGAAUUCAUCACGCAACGUAUUCGAAGGGGUGGCCUAUUCAAAUGUUCAAGGAAAUUACGUUCCAGGAGCGUUGGUCGAAAUGUGGCCUGCCUAA